AUGUGGAGUUUCUUGGAGCAGGUGUCGAUCUACACCUUGCCGCUGUUUCUAGGUGCUGCGUUCAUGCUGUUUAGAUGGUACAAUUCCACAUCAUCACCCACCACCACCAAGAAACUACCACCGUCACCACCAAAGUUGCCGGUUAUCGGCAACCUCCACCAGCUGGGUGCAAGCGUCCACCACGCUUUCUUCUCUCUGGCCAGACGUUAUGGUGAUUCUCUGAUGCUCCUGUACAUCGGCUCAGUCCCAAGCCUGGUGGUCUCUUCAUCCGAUGCAGCUCGCGAGAUCAUGAAAACACAUGAUAUAGCAUUUGCCAGUAGGCCAAACACAAGGAUGUUCAGAACUAUCUCCUACAAUCUCAAGGAAAUAACAGUCGCUCCUUAUGGUGAAUACUGGAGGCAAGCAAAGAGCAUUCUUACUCUCCAGCUUCUAAGUAACAAAAAGGUCCAAAGUUUUCAUGGAUUCAGGGAAAAGGUAAUCGCCGAGUGUGUAGAUAAGAUAACCCAUUGUUUCUUGUCUAACACGCCUGCAGACUUGAGCGAUUUGUUUAGCUCACUUACAAACGACGUGACAUGUAUGGCGACGUUUGGGAGGACGUAUAAUGAAGGGGAGAUUGGGAAGAAAUUCAAGAAGAUCAUGCAAGAGUUCUCGGAGGUGUUGGGUAGCUUUUACUUUGAGGACAGGUCGUCGCUAAAAUCAUAUUGUUGCCGGUAUUGA